CAACACACCCACCCACUCGUUUACAUAAAACCCAGCGGUGCCGUGCGUUUUCUCUGCCGUGCCAUCUUCAUUUUUCAGCAGUGGUAGUCUCUGGGACCAAAAAAGAACACAUUUCAGGCUUUAUUGCUUUGUUUCCAAACAUCAGCUUCAUACCACAAUGGCAGGACGCGGAACCAUUACUGCAGCCUCCCCCUUCAGCGCUGAAGAUGAUGUUCAGAAGCUCAGGGCUGCCAUGAAAGGAGCAGGCACCAAUGAGGCCACCAUUAUUGAGGUCCUGGCCCAUCGCACUAUUGAACAGAGGCAAAGAAUCAAGGACGCUUACAAGCAGUCUGUUGGAAAGGACCUGGUAGAAGACUUGACAUCAGAGCUAACUGGGAACUUUGAGAAGGUGGUGGUUGGGCUUAUGAUGACAGCACCAGAGUAUGAUGCCUAUGAGCUUCACAACGCCAUGAAGGGAGCAGGGACUGAAGAGGCUUGUCUUAUCGACAUCUUGGCCUCCAGAACAAGCGAGGAAGUGCAGGCCAUCAACGCGGCUUACAAGAAGAAGUAUGACAAGAGCCUGGAGGACGAUAUCUGUGGUGACACCUCAGGCAUGUUCAAGAGGGUCCUGGUCUCUCUGACCACGGCCGGCCGUGAUCAAAGCAACACUGUGGAUGAUGCAGCCGCAGCUCAAGAUGCCAAGGACAUCUACGAGGCAGGAGAGGCACGGUGGGGGACGGACGAGGUCAAGUUCCUGACCAUUCUGUGUGUGAGGAACAAGAAACAUCUUCUCAAAGUGUUUGAUGACUAUAAGAAGGUGUCUGGGAAGGACAUUGAGGACAGCAUUAAAAGCGAGAUGUCCGGCUGUCUGGAGGACGUCUUCUUGGCCAUAGUGAAAUGCAUCAGGAACAAGCACGCCUUUUUUGCAGAGCGUCUUUACAAAUCCAUGAAGGGUCUGGGUACUACAGACAGCGUUCUGAUCAGAAUCAUGGUGGCCAGGGCUGAGAUCGACAUGCUGGACAUCAAAGCAGAGUUCAAGAAAAACUACGGCAAGACCCUCUACUCUUUCAUCAAGGGUGACACGUCGGGCGACUAUCGUAAGAUCCUGCUGGAGUUGUGUGGCGAAGAUAAGUAGAAGAUCAUAUGGAGGUCGUUGAUGUCUGAGUGAGCCAUUAGUGCCUCGUCUGAAAGAUGACACCCCAGUACCUGUCCGCCGGCCCACCAGAGGUCCACUUAUUCCAAAGAUUUGUCAAUUCCGUGCAGGCUUUUUUAUGUUUUUAGUAUACCAGCUAGACUAAACCACAUGCUAUUUUGUACUAAUGAGUUUGUGUGAUAUUUUGAUAAUGAAAGAGUUUUCCACGUGUGAGUGCUGAAGGUAAGAAAGCCGACCAAACAGCUGUUGUUAGCCUACUGCCUGUAAUUACUGUUUCAGUAAAAGUUUUGUUUUUAAUCCCCA